AUGUUCACAAUUGGCAGCCAGACCAACUUGUCCAGCCUGGCCAGCGCUCGCGGCUCCUUCCCGGAGCGAAUCCUGGAGGACUCUGGCUUCGACGAGCAGCAGGAGUUCCGCUCGCGGUGCAGCAGCGUCACCGCGGUCAUGCAGAGAAGGGUUCAUGACACAAACCUGAAAACACAGCCGCGCAGAAGGCACGCCAGCGCGCCCAGCCAUGUUCAGCCCUCGGAUUCGGAGAAGAACAGGACAAUGCUGUUCCAGGUUAGAAGGUUUGAAGUUAACCUCAUCAGUCCUGACACCAAGUCUGUUGUGCUUGAAAAGAAUUUUAAAGAUAUCUCCUCGUGUUCUCAGGGUAUAAAGCAUGUCGAUCACUUUGGCUUCAUUUGUCGGGAACCGGUUGAGCCUGGGUUAAGCCAGUAUGUCUGCUACGUGUUCCAGUGCGCAAGUGAAUCGCUGGUGGACGAGGUGAUGCUCACCCUGAAGCAGGCCUUCAGCACCGCCGCGGCCCUGCAGAGCGCCAAGACGCACGUGAAGCUCUGCGAGGCCUGCCCCAUGCACGCGCUGCACAAGCUCUGCGAGAGGAUCGAAGGACUCUAUCCACCAAGAGCCAAACUUGUAAUUCAGAGACAUCUGUCAUCACUAACUGAUAAUGAGCAAGCAGACAUUUUCGAACGCGUUCAGAAAAUGAAGCCUGAAAACGACCAGGAAGAAAACGAACUGGUGAUCUCGCAUCUGCGCCAGCUGUGUGAGGCUAAGCAGAAAACGCACGUUCACAUUGGCGAGGCCCCCUCGCCCGCCCCGAACAACUCCAUCCCCGAGAACACGACCGGCGGUGGCAGGUUUAAACUUGACAUUCUGAAAAACAAGGCCAAGAAAUCCUUGACCAGCUCUCUGGAAAAUAUCUUCUCAAGGGGAGCCAACAGGAUGCGAGGCCGCCUGGGAAGCGUGGACAGCUUCGAGCGCUGCAGCAGCCUGGCCUCGGACAGGAACGGCAGGUCGCAGAGCGCCAAGGCGCCGCUGCUGCGCCAGGGCUGCCUCGAGCCCGGCAGUGAUGGGGAGGGAAAGAAGAGAACCUCGGCGGCCUGCAGCAGCGAGGCUCUAAAUGCAGCGGGGGCCCCGCUCACGCCGCGCCGCAUCUCCUGGCGGCAGAGGAUAUUCCUGCGGGUCGCGUCUCCUCUCAAUAAAUCUCCUGCCAAGAUGCAGCAUCCAGACGGUCACGAGGGAAGAGAGUUGCUGCCGUUAUCGCCUCUCGCUCCGCCGCUGGAGGAGGACCCUCUGCUUCUGGUCAUGCAAAACGAGGAUGGCCCCGAUACAGCUGGAGAGAGGAAGAACUCGGAGGAACUGCAGAGUCUCUGGAGAAAAGCCAUACAUCAACAAAUUCUCUUGCUUCGAAUGGAGAAAGAAAACCAAAAACUGGAAGAAGCAAGCAGAGAUGAGCUCCAGUCAAGAAAAGUCAAACUGGACUACGAUGAAGUUGGUACAUGUCAGAAAGAUGCCAUCAGCAUUUGGGAUAAGAAGUUACUGAACUGCAGAGCCAAAAUCCGCUGUGACAUGGAAGAUAUUCAUGCCACGUUGAAAGAUGGUGUACCCAAAAGUCGUCGGGGAGAAAUCUGGCAGUUUUUGGCUGUGCAGCAUCGAGUGAGACACAGACUGCCCAACAAGCAGCAGCCCCCUGACGUCUCCUACAAGGAGCUGCUGAAGCAGCUGACGGCCCAGCAGCAUGCCAUCCUCGUAGAUCUAGGACGGACCUUCCCUACCCAUCCUUACUUUUCUGCCCAGCUGGGAGCAGGACAGCUCUCGCUCUUCAAUCUCCUGAAAGCAUAUUCUCUGCUGGACAAGGAAGUGGGCUAUUGCCAAGGUAUCAGCUUUGUGGCUGGAGUGCUGCUGCUACACAUGAGUGAGGAGCAAGCCUUUGAAAUGCUGAAAUUCCUCAUGUAUGACCUGGGUUUCCGCAAGCAGUACAGGCCAGACAUGAUGUCGCUACAGAUUCAGAUGUAUCAGCUGUCAAGACUUCUUCAUGAUUAUCACAGAGACCUCUAUAAUCAUCUUGAAGAGAAUGAAAUCAGUCCCAGCCUCUAUGCUGCACCGUGGUUCCUUACGUUGUUUGCAUCUCAGUUUCCAUUAGGAUUUGUGGCCAGAGUAUUUGACAUUAUUUUCCUUCAAGGAACAGAAGUCAUAUUUAAAGUAGCACUGAGCCUGCUUAGCAGUCAAGAAACAUCUAUAAUGGGGUGUGAGAGUUUUGAGAAUAUUGUUGAUUUUCUUAAAAGCACUAUUCCAGACAUGACUCAGCCUCAGAUGGAAAAAAUCAUUACCCAGGUAUUUGAGAUGGAUAUAUCAAAACAGCUGCAUGCUUAUGAAGUAGAGUACCACGUCCUGCAGGAUGAACUCCAGGAAAACGUGAAUCCCUGUGAUGAAGGUGAAUCUCUGGAGAAGCUGGAGAGAGCAAACAGCCACCUAAAGAGACAAAACAUGGAUUUGUUGGAGAAGCUGCAGGUUGCUCAUGCUAAAAUUCAGAGCCUGGAAUCCAGCCUGGAGACUAUUUUGACUCGAGAGAACAAAAUGAAGACUGUGAUUCAGUCCCUGGAACAGGAGAAGAUAACGUAUCAAAAGACUCUUGAGCAGAUAAUGAAGUACUUGCCGACAGAAGCGUUGUCUGACUGUGAACUGCUUCUGAAGGAAGUAAACUAUAAUCCAAAUAAUAAAACAAAAUAAGGAAAUAAGCCAUAAAUCAGGGUUUUCUAAGCAGCAUAACUUCAAAUAUUAAGGGAAAGAAUAAACAAGCAUGCUGCUUUCAAUCAACUUAGAAAGCAAUAGGCAACGGUAUUAUCCAGAACUAGUGCUGGGACACUCAUAGCUACAGAUGGGCCUUCAAAUCUCAGUAUGCAAAUUCAGGCUUUUUUUUUUUUUUAUGAUUGUGUAAAUAAAUCGCAAAGGGAGAAGUAAAGAAUUCUCACAUGUAAUUAUGAUGAGUAGAUGUAUAUUUAGAGUUGACCUAAAGGAAAAGAAGAGAAAAAAUACUGGUAGUCAAAGGUAAGAUAAUGGUGAACUACAAUUUCACUCUGGAU